CAGCAUUUGCCAGCAGGGAGAGUGCACACAAUGAGGCGUCUGUUGGGAGUCAAAGACUUGUCUUCAUGCCCCUUCCUUCAUGUCUACUGCAUGUUAGCCUCUCAGGUGUUGCUCCUCAGCCUCCACUGUAUCCAGUUUGUCCCUCCCUUUCCGCUACGUGGCCAAGAUGGCGACUACUGAGGGUGGAGGUUCAGUCGGGUGCCUCUCGUCGGCCGUCUGUCUGGGAGAGGACACCCUCGCACCCCGUCCUGGUGUCAGCGUCUGUCCGGGCAGACCUUUACCUACCCACCGCAUCACUAUGGAUUUUGGAGCUUGCCCCUUCCGGAAGAAACGGAGACCAUGGCGCUUGGACCUCUCCGCCAUCGCCUUGGUGACCGUGGUGCUCGCCGUGUGCCAGAGCACCCUGGCGCAGGCAGACCCGGUGGAUGUGCUGCGGGCCAUGCAGGUUCCCUCUCUUCCCGAGGGCGUGAAGAAAGUUCCGGGCUUCUGCACAUCCCGCCGCUCUAGCAGCCCUGACCAAGCCUACCGCAUCACCAAGAAGGCCCAGAUCUCCGCCCCCACCAAGCAGCUCUUCUCAGGUCGUUUCCCGGAGAACUUCUCCGUCAUGGCGCUGGUGAAGCCGCAUGCGGGCCUCCAGGCCUUCCUGCUGUCCAUCUACAGCGAGCAGGGCGUCCAGCAGCUGGGCAUUGAGCUCGGCCGCUCGCCCGUUUUCCUGUACGAGGACCAGAACGGCAAGCCGGCCCCCGAAGAUUACCCGCUCUUCAAAGGCGUCAACCUGGCUGAUGGCAAGUGGCAUCGCAUCGCUUUCUCGGUGUCCAAGAAGAACGUGACGCUGCUGCUGGACUGCAAGAAGAAGAUGAGCCGCCCGCUGCCCCGCGGCAACAACGCCGAGGUUGACACUAACGGCAUCACCGUGUUUGGCGCCCGUCUGCUGGACGAGGAAGUGUUCCAGGGCGACAUUCAGCAGCUCCUAAUCGCCUCCAACGCUCAGGCCGCCUACGACUUCUGUGAGCACUACAGCCCCGACUGCGAUGCCCCGCCCAAGACCCAGGCCCAGGACCCCAACACAUACAAGAUGAAUGGCAAAGCAGCCCCCACCAAAUCCACUCCAGCCAAAGCCAAGCCCACCAAAGCUGCCAAGGGCGCAACCUUCAAAGUAGUCAAGGCUCCUAUGCCCAACAAAUCUCCCAAGGCUUCUACGGCCAAGCCGUCCAAAGCCAAGCCUACUCCCGCCGCUGUCUUCUUGUCCAAGAUCAAGACCACAACUUUGGUUAAGGUGAAACCCUCCACCGCCCCAACUAAGAAACAGGUUGUGGAGAAGAAGACCAAUGGGAAGUCUGUUGUGGUCAAAACAGUUAAAAAUGUUAAAGUUUCCAACGGCGGCGGCAAAGCUGUCGUAGAGAAGAAGGCCAUUGUAAAGUCCUCAACUGAGAAAAAAGCCAAUGGCAAGGUGGUGACCAAGACUGGCGGAAAUGGGAAAGCAACCAUUGAAGUGAAAGACGUUAAGGUCAAAGUUAACGGGAAAGCUGAGAACAAAGUGAGCAGUGAAGCUAAAGCAACUAGCAACAGCAAAGUUAUCGUGGUAGAAAAGAAAGGUCAGUCAAAAACUGAAACCACUACGAAAGCAAAGACUGUCACUGUAAAAGUAGAGAAGACUACAGUGAGUGUUGCGACAACCGCUUCCAAAGUAGAAGCUACCAAGGCUCCUAAGGCCACAAAAGCAGCGAAACCAGAACCAACAAAAGCAGCCAAAACUUUUGUGGAAAAGGCUCAAGUGACUUCAGAAGUCAAAGUUAAAACAGUGGUCUCCAAACUGCCUGUCGUAAAGCCCACAGCGAGCAAAGCUGUGAAAACCAUUGUGGAGAAGGUGCCCUUUGUCAAGAAGGUCCUCACGACGUCUGCUCCUGUCCGGCCCACUCCGCCAAAGCCCACCAAGACUAAGGUUGUGCUGGACAAUAACGUCAAAUCCCUGCACAAACCUUUCCCUCCUUUCGACAAGACGGCGCUGAGUGGAACAGCUGUCCCCGCCAAGAAAUUUGACAACGGUUACCAACAGGAUGUAGACACUGAAUAUUCCGAGGCUGGCCACACCCCCACAGAGACUGAUUAUUUCUAUGAGGAGACGCUGCCCGAGCCCGAGCCCGAGGCUGAGGCGACUGGACAAGAAGAAAGCCCUACGCAGCCCCAGGAGGAGACAAUGCUGGUCGGGGAGGAGGUGGACUCCACCAAGACGGGCGGUGCGGACGAGGAGCCUUUCGCCGAGGAGUACGUGACCGGGGACGUGGGCAUGAAGGAAUACGACUAUUCCUAUCGGGACUACGGCGAGCCCCGACCUGAGGCCCGAGAGGUGGAAGGCGACUUUGGCCCCGCCCUGUCCGCUGUGACAGACGAGGGAGGCGCGGCCUUCAGAGGUCAGAAGGGAGAGAAAGGAGAGCCUGCCGUCCUGGAGCCUGGCAUGCUGAUUGAGGGACCUCCUGGGCCUGAAGGACCUGCUGGUUCCACCGGUCCCCCUGGUAACUCCGGCCCUCCCGGCUCCGUUGGCGAUCCCGGCGAGAGGGGGCCUCCCGGAAAGGCCGGUUUGCCUGGUGCUGACGGUGUUGCCGGACCCCCCGGAUCCUCAGUGAUGCUGCCUUUCCGUUUUGGUCAGAGUGGUGGAGAUAAGGGACCCGUUGUGUCCGCACAGGAAGCCCAAGCAGCCGCCAUCUUGUCUCAGGCCAGAAUGGCUCUGAAAGGACCUCCUGGACCAAUGGGAUUCACCGGACGUCCUGGACCACAGGGAAACCCAGGUAGUCAUGGUCUUAAAGGAGAAAGUGGAGACCCGGGUCCCCAGGGGCCCAGGGGACCUCAUGGUCUGAUGGGACCACCCGGCAAAGCCGGAAGGAGAGGCCGUGCUGGAGCUGAUGGAGCCAGGGGAAUGCCUGGAGAGCCCGGCACUAAGGGCGACCGUGGCUUCGAUGGUCUUCCUGGUUUGCCCGGGGACAAGGGACACAGGGGUGACACAGGACCCCUGGGCCCUCCCGGAUCUCAAGGAGAGGAUGGCGAGAGGGGAGAUGACGGCGAGGUCGGACCAAGGGGUCUCCCAGGUGAACCAGGACCUCGUGGCUUACUCGGACCAAAAGGUCCUGCCGGAAUUCCAGGACCCCCUGGUGUUCGAGGAAACGACGGGCCCGUUGGUCCUAAGGGGAACCUGGGUCCUCAAGGAGAGCCCGGUCCUCCGGGUCAGCAGGGAACAUCAGGAACUCAGGGAAUGCCAGGACCUCAGGGAGCCAUGGGACCCCACGGAGAGAAGGGUCCUACAGGAAAACCAGGUCUUCCAGGAAUGCCUGGCGCUGACGGACCUCCUGGUCACCCAGGAAAAGAGGGACCCUCAGGCACCAAGGGUAACCAGGGCCCCAAUGGCCCCCAAGGCUCUAUUGGCUAUCCUGGCCCUCGUGGCAUCAAGGGGGAGCAAGGAAUCCGAGGACUAAAGGGUCACAAGGGCGAGAAGGGAGAAGAUGGUUUCCCCGGAAUUAAGGGAGACUUUGGCGUCAAAGGAGAGAGGGGCGAGAUCGGAGUGUCUGGUCCCAGAGGAGAGGACGGCCCAGAGGGGCCAAAGGGUCGCGUUGGGCCUCCUGGUGAGCUCGGACCUCUCGGUCUUGUUGGAGAGAAGGGCAAACUUGGUGUUCCUGGACUUCCUGGAUACCCUGGAAGACAAGGACCCAAAGGGUCUUUGGGAUUCCCAGGAUUCCCCGGCUCAAAUGGCGAGAAGGGAACAAGGGGCCUGACAGGCAAACCAGGACCAAGAGGACAAAGAGGACCAACGGGUCCCAGAGGUCAGCGAGGACCACGAGGGGCCACCGGAAAGUCGGGUGCAAAGGGAACUUCCGGAAGCGACGGUCCUCAUGGUCCACUCGGAGAGAGGGGAUUGCCCGGACUUCAGGGAGCCAAUGGUUUCCCCGGACCUAAAGGACCUCCCGGACCACCAGGAAAGGAUGGGCUUCCUGGACAUCCUGGACAGAGAGGAGAAGUUGGUUUCCAAGGAAAAAUGGGCCCACCAGGACCUCCUGGAGUAGUCGGACCUCAGGGUCCAUCAGGAGAGACUGGUCCCUUGGGUGAGCGCGGCCACCCCGGACCACCUGGUCCACCUGGAGAGCAGGGACUUUCUGGCCCCUCAGGGAAGGAAGGUACAAAGGGAGACCCAGGACCUGCUGGAGGUCCAGGUAAAGACGGACCACCUGGAUUGAGAGGCUUCCCUGGAGAGAGAGGACUUCCUGGUACCCCUGGAGGUGGAGGACUGAAGGGAAGCGAAGGACCUGCCGGACCUCCUGGACCUGCUGGAUCUCCUGGUGAGAGAGGACCUGCUGGCACUGCCGGACCUGUCGGACCCCCUGGCAGACCAGGCCCACACGGACCUCCUGGUGCCGCCGGAGAGAAGGGUGUUCCUGGUGAGAAAGGUCCAAUCGGCCCUGCAGGUCGGGAUGGAGUACAGGGUCCUGUGGGUCUUCCAGGCCCGGCUGGAACACCAGGAGGACCUGGAGAGGAUGGAGACAAGGGUGAGGUUGGAGAACACGGCCAGAAGGGGUCGAAAGGAGGCAAAGGAGAGCAUGGACCUCCCGGACCACCUGGGCCAAUGGGUCCCGUUGGUCAGCCUGGCCCUGCUGGUGCUGAUGGCGAGCUCGGACCUAGAGGCCAACAGGGGACUUUUGGAGCCAAAGGAGACGAAGGAUCCAGAGGAUUCCCUGGAGCCCCUGGUCCUAUUGGACUGCAGGGACUGCCAGGACCACCAGGCGAAAAGGGAGAGACUGGUGAUGUUGGACCUCUGGGUCCUCCAGGUCCUCCAGGACCUCGUGGCCCUGCUGGACCCAACGGCGCUGACGGUCCCCAAGGGCCUCCUGGAGGUUUGGGUAAUCCUGGACCUAUUGGAGAGAAGGGAGAGCCUGGAGAGGGCGGACCACCUGGAAUUGGAGGUGAACCAGGAAAGAAGGGUCCUCGAGGCGAGCGUGGAGAGAAGGGAGAGUCAGGACAACCUGGAACCGCUGGAACUGUUGGAGGACGAGGACGUCCUGGAGAUGAUGGUCCUAAAGGAAACCCUGGUCCAGUCGGUUUCCCAGGUGAUCCUGGUCCCGCCGGUGAGCUUGGACCCAGAGGCCAAGAUGGCGCCAAAGGAGAGCGAGGAGAAGAUGGUGAACAGGGAGAAUCUGGCUCUCCUGGUCCCCCUGGAGAGAACGGAACUCCUGGUCCCCCAGGAAAGAGGGGUCCUGCUGGGACAAGAGGACCUGAAGGGCGGCAGGGAGAAAAGGGAACCAAGGGCGACACAGGCGCCCUCGGCCCCCCAGGAAAGACCGGUCCUGUUGGUCCUCAGGGACAACCAGGAAAACCAGGAACUGAAGGUCUGCGGGGUCUCCCAGGAUCAGUGGGUGAGCAAGGAUCUCCCGGCACGGCCGGACCCAAGGGACCACCCGGACCUAUUGGACCUCCAGGUUUGCUGGGUCUGCGAGGAGACCCUGGUGCUAAAGGAGAGAAGGGACACCCGGGUCUUAUUGGCCUCAUAGGACCCCCAGGAGAGCAGGGAGAGAAGGGUGACAGGGGUAUGCCUGGACCUCACGGUUCGAGCGGACCCAAGGGAGAAACUGGAAUGACCGGAGGCACUGGACCCCUUGGCCCUGCUGGUCCUCCUGGUCAUCCUGGUCCUCAAGGUGUCAAAGGAGCUAAGGGUGCCUCUGGAGGAGCUGGUCCUAAAGGAGAGAAGGGUGUUCCAGGACCUCAGGGAGUUCCCGGCCCACCAGGCGAGGUCAUACAGCCCCUCCCCAUCCAGAGGAGCCCCAAGUCCAAACGCUCUAUCGAUGCCAGCCAACUGCUCCCCGAAUCUGACCCCGACAUGCCUGCGUCCGACGCCACUGGGGCUGAGUUCCUGAUGGGAAGCGACGGCAUGGAGGAGAUUUUCGGUUCCCUCAACUCCCUGCGGCAAGAGAUCGAUACCAUGCGCUUCCCGUUGGGAACCCAGGACAGUCCGGCCCGCACCUGCCUGGAUCUUCACCUCAGCCAGCCCGAGCUCAAAGACGGAGAAUACUGGAUUGACCCCAACCAGGGCUGCUCCAGAGACUCCUUCAAGGUCUUCUGUAACUUCACCAGUGCAGAGACGUGCCUGCACCCCCACAAGAGCAUCAACACGGUGAAGAUGAGCUCGUGGGACAAAGAAACUCCAGGAUCAUGGUUCAGUCAGUUUGCCACAGGCAGCAAGGUUAGUCACUCUCAGACGUCACAUUCUUCCUCGCAACUCUUCUCAGUGCCCCCAACCUCACCGUCCGCCUCCUUGUCCUCCUCGCAGUUCUCUUACGUUGACUCGGACGGCGAGCCAGUGGGUGUUGUCCAGCUGGGCUUCCUGCGUCUCCUGAGUGUCCAGGUCCGCCAGAACAUCACCUACAACUGCCACCGCUCGGUGGCGUGGGCCGACCGCAGUACCAAGAACAACUACGACCGUGCACUGCGCUUCCAGGCUGCCAACGAAGACGAGCUGAGCUACGAGACCAACCCGUACAUCGAGGCGCUAGUGGACGGCUGCUCUUAUCGUAAAGGCUUCGACAAGACGGUGCUGGAGAUCAACACGCCACAGGUGGAACAUCUCCCUCUGCUGGACAUCAAAGUGUCAGACUUUGGGGAGAGCAACCAACAGUUUGGAUUUGAAGUGGGACCUGUGUGCUUCCAAGGCUAAUCUCACACACACUCACACACACACACGCACUUAGAGACACCUACACACUCAUACACACCCAGUAAAUUAACUUGUAAAUGCUAUGGAAUACACACACACACACACACACACACACAGAUGGACGGUGUUGUGAGGCAAAAGGCAGCAUCCUACGUGGAAAAAAAGCAACAUAAAAAAGUGAAGGAAGUCUAGAGGGGAAGUGGAAGAGCGGCUUCUUCACAGCCACGCAGCAUCCGGAACGAGGGCCGGCCAACAAGAGGAAGCCGGCCGCAAACUUGAGGCCCCACCGACACCGCCCCUUCUCUACGCCCCCUCCGUCUCUCAGCUUGUCCCAGCUGAUCCACAUGAGAAGGAACCUGCCACCAACUGCCUCCUGUGAACUUACUGCUCGGUCACGAAGACCUCUGCACCGCUUGAAAAUGUGACCCACAACCCCCAACCCCCUCUUCCUGCUAAGGUGUCCUCCACACGGGACCUCCGCAUUCUCCAUCCAGCGCUCGCCUCCCGACAGCAGGGUUGCCAAAUGUUCCAGCAUGCCUUCUUCGCUGAAUAAAAAGCUUGUUUCCCUGAGAGAAA